AUGUCUGAAGUUAACCCAAACAUUUCAAAACCAAUUAUUCCAAGUGAAGAUAAAACUUCACACCUCCAAAUCGUUGAACCUGAAGCUGGGGAUAGAGGUGUUAAAGAACAAAAUAUUGUGAAAACGGAAGAUAAUUUUGAAUUCAAUAGAUUUCAAGAUGAUUUGGAAUUAGCAGAAUUUGAGACACGCAGCAUAGAUGAGAAUCGUGCACCAUGGAAGCCUCAAGGCCCUUGGUAUCAUGAUGUCACGAAGAGAAGAUGGUUCGCUUUCGCUGUCAUUGGAAGUUUAUUAGUCAUCGUCAUUAUUGUUGGUAAUGUAUUUGAUAUAAAUUGA